AUGGGUGAUGUUACGAUACUGUGUUCGGAACAUUCUUCAUUGUUCAAAUUUGAUUUUCAUACGUGGGGGGAAAGUGGAGAAGAGCACCUUGAUUUCCAGGUUGGCUUCCACCACACUGGCAUCCUGGCACGAGUGAUCCCGGAGUCGUGUCUGCUGAUUAUAGUGGGACUCCUAGUCGGCACUCUGGUCUAUCUGACCAACUUCCAACUCAACAUCCAGUUCACCCCUCCCACCUUCUUCCUCUACCUCCUCCCCCCAAUCAUGCUGGAGUCUGCAUUCUCCCUCCACGACAGGGCAGUCUACGAGAACUUAGGCACGAUCCUUCUUUACGCCGUGCUCGGAACCAUUAUCAACUGCUUCACAAUCGGAACUGUCUUGUUCGGAAUGUCACAACUCGGCUUGUUCUCGGCCGAAGUGUUCGCCGACUUGACUCUUUCUCGUUCGUUUUUGUUCUCGGCUCUUAUUUCGGCCGUGGAUCCAGUCGCUGUUUUGGCAAUUUUUGCCGAAAUUGGAGUCAACCCAGUUCUAUAUUUUCUAGUUUUCGGAGAAUCACUUCUGAAUGAUGCAGUUACAGUUGUAUUAUACAGAAUGAUGGCUGCUUUUACUGAAAUGGAAACAAUUACCUUCGUCGAAAUUCUAAAAGGCAUUACUUCAUUUUUCAUCGUAAGUUUGGGCGGCGUUUUUGUCGGGUUAAUUUAUGGUAUUAUAACUGCUUUCCUAACACGAAUUACAACACACGUUAGGGUUGUCGAACCCUUGGCUGUUUUGUUUCUGGCAUACGCGUCUUACUUAACGGCAGAACUUUUCGAGUUUUCGGGAAUUAUUGCAAUAAUUGCAUGCGGAGUUUUACAAGCUCAUUACUCGUUUGCGAACAUUUCGAACGAUUCCGAAACUACUGUUGUCAACUUCUGCAAAAUGUUGGCGUCAAUUUGCGACUGCAUAAUUUUUUUGUUUCUUGGAAUUGAAACCAUAUCUGAAUCGCAUGUUAUAGAUGUCGGAUUUAUAGUUCUAUCCAUUAUUUGCUGUUUGCUUUUCCGAUUUCUCAGCGUAGUCGUGUUGACUUCGUUAGCCAAUAGGAAGCGACUACGAAUCGUGGAUUACGAGGAGCAGUUUAUAAUGGGCUAUGGAGGUUUACGGGGUGCAGUUUGCUUCUCGUUAGUAAUUCUUAUAACCGAAGAACAAGUUCCACACGAGCUAAAAAGUCUGUUUAUUACUACUACAAUUGUAGUGAUUUUCUUCACUGUUUUUGUACAAGGAAUUACAAUGAAACCGUUUGUGAAAUGGCUCAAAAUUGAAACAUUAAACGUGCAAGAUCAAACGAUAAAUGAAGAACUUAAUAGCAACUUGUUGGACCAUGUAUUGGAAGGUGUCGAGGUCAUUUUGGGUCAAAUGGGUUCGAAUAUCAUCAGAAGUAAGAUUGAACAAAUUGAUGAAUAUGUGAUUAAAAAGUUUCUUCAGAACAAGAUCGAGUCUAAACACGGAGUAAUUAUGAAGGCAUACCAGGGAAUUAUGCUAAAAGAACACCAAGCUACUGUAACUGCAGCUAAAGGAGGCGAAGUUACUGGCGAGUACGAAAGAGUGAUGUUCCGAGACACAGACGAAACCACAUCUGCAGAACAGAAACCUCCGUCCAUGUUCGAGGCUCUAUUCGAGCGAACAGCAUUUGAAGACGAAGUGAAACGAAGGCAGAGUGCACCGUCUCGUGUCGUGUCGGAGAGAGCUAAGGUCAGAAUAGACGUGCCCAUCAACAGAAAAAUUUCCCGAAUCCAACACGAAAAGUGGUACGUUGAUGACAAAGACAUCAAAUCGGCUUUUGAGACGCUUAAAAAGUCGAGAACGAGCAACAUGCGAACGUGUAAAUUCGAUUCCCGAGAAAGUAUUUGUGCCGAAGGGGGGAAACUGGAACACCAGUUGCAGGCCAUGCAUAAACGAAGACAAAAAGCGAUUACUGUUUAUAUAAACAAACAAGCGAAGGCAAGUGGAAACACGACUCCAAAGUCUAUCUUGUCGCGAAGUUCGGUCGUGAAUGAAACUACUAAUUCGGGGUCAAGUCAAAACAACGGGCAAUUCCAUAAAUAAUCGAGUUUCAAGCACCAAAGAUUCAAAUAACCAAAAUGUUAAGCAUGGUAUGCUGGUGAUGGGUUGACGCAUAGUUAAUGUUGCAGACAAAACAACUUCACUAAUUUUCAUAUA